AUGAUAACCAGAGGAAAGGUUAUCGUCUUAAUUUUUAUCCUAUCAACAAUUUUAUGGAUAUAUAAAUUUGACAAGUAUAAAAAAUCAAAUGCUUUAAUGAAAUGGAUACUUAUACCCUUAUAUCUUGUAAGUGCCUUAGGUCUCUAUGCAGUCAUAUCAAUAUCAAUAAGUUUAUACAACUUUAAUAACAUUCCAAAUGGUCACGAACAAUUAUUAAAAGAAUUACAUAAUGUUAAAAAGGAACUUCAAAAAAGGAAUUUUACUUUUGAUUAA